UCCGCCUCGCUGCACGGAUUUCAAAAUUUCCUCACAGGUUCUCUACUUUUCUCCUACUCCAGUCACCCUUUCUGUAGUUCUCUAGGGCAUUUGGUUUCCACGGACGUUCAAAAUUCUGGAUCGUAGAAAGAUGUCGACAAUGGAGCGCCUCUUUGUUGAAAUCUUCGAUCGGAAGAGUCGGAUCGAGCGCCAGCUCCAUCAGCAGUUCGAAUCAUACGGCGAUUCCCUUGCCUGCAACGUCAUUGCCGACGGCAGGCGUCCGCCGCCGUGGCUGUUCGAGUUGGCUCCAGCCGCCACAGUUUGUCUUGAUCCUGGAGAAUGUAGACAGCCUUCAUCUUCGUUUUGGAAUACCAAGAGAAAAACUUGCAGUGCUACUUGGGAAUGCAUACAGGGAACUUUGCCGAGAGUAUGUUUUUUAGUUUUUUUUUCCGAGAUCUCCCAUUCCAAGAGUGAUCCCAUUGGAGCAAAGUUAAUUUUGGAAUUUUGA